ACAUCUCUGACUUACCUGGUGGAUACAACAGGCUCAAUGGCAGAUGAUAUUGCACAAUUAAGAUUGGUCAAUAGGUGGCUUCUGGACAGCAUCACUAUGCGAUUUCCACUUGGUGUACGGCAAUAUACCAUGGUACAAUUUAAUGACCCAGAUGUUGGACCCGUUAACAUCACUAAUUCAAAAACAGAAUUUGAUUAUUUCUUCCAAAAUCUUUUCAUUCUUGGAGGUGGGGACUGUCCAGAACUGGCAAUGCAGGGCCUUGAAUUAGCUUUGAAAAGUUCCCCACACAAUUCUGUAAUUAUAGUGUUCACAGAUGCAUCAGCCAAGGAUUAUGCAGAUGUAGAAAGAAUAAAAAACAUUCAAUUACUUUUAAAUAAUACAAAAUCCCAGGUAAUAUUUGUUAUCACUGGCCUUUGCUUAACAAUAAACGAUCCCCAGUUCUUAAUUUACCGAAACAUUUCAUCUUGGAGUUUUGGACAUGUAUUUCAAGUUGAACUUUCAGAUAUUGGCAAAGUAUUUUUUUAUUUGGAACACAUUCUUUCAAGACCUCUCAAUUCCUCUACUAAUCUAUUAUCCAAAGAAUAUAAUGCAGGCAGUCAUUCUGAUAACUUUGCAGUACCUACUUAUUAUACUUCAAUACUGGUGACUACAGAUGGAUUAAUAUACUCCAUUAGUAUUUUAGGACCUUAUGGGCGCAAUGUAGAAAUAAGUAUUAUAGUGUCUGAAAUUUGGGGAGCAAUAUAUGUAGUGAAAUAUCCUAUCAUAGGAACUUGGACUAUCUUUGUGUAUGCCGGAGGACAACAUUCUAUACGCAUACAAGGCUUGACAGCAGCUCUUGUGAGCUCUAUAGAUGACUGCUCCAAAUGUCACCCAAAUGCAAUAUGUGAUGAACAUUUUGGCAGAAAAUGCCUCUGCAGAGAUGGGUUUAAUGGAGAUGGCUUCAACUGUUCUGAUAUAAACGAAUGUGCUUAUUCCUGGACCAACAACUGUACAGAGGGGGUCUGCUUUAAUACUAUUGGUUCUUACACAUGCCAUUGUCCAAGUGGGUAUAAUAAAUCCUCAACAAACAUUUGUGUAGACAUUGAUGAAUGCUCAAGCCCCUCACUCAAAAAGUGCCAUCCAAAUGCCACAUGCAUAAACUUAAAGGGAAAUUAUUCUUGCUCUUGCCUUCCUGGGUACACUGGAGAUGGAUUUUAUUGUGAGCUCAGUGAAUGCAAAAGUGGAAUGUGUGGAUUUGGUAUGGAUUGUACUAUAUUACAUGGGGAGUAUAAUUGUUCUGAUCCAUGUAUGACCUACAAAAGUAUUUAUGAAUCUUGGAGAAGUUCUUCAAACAAAGACAAGUAUUCAAAAAUGUGUGACAUAGGGCUACAUGGAUGGUAUAGAUUUCUUGGCAGUGGGGGAAUUCGUAUGCCAGAAACCUGUGUCUCUGAAUAUAGUUGUGGCGCAGAUAGCCCAGUGUGGUUAUCUCAAACUCACCCUGUGCUCAGUGAUGGCAUUGUAAAGAAAACUGCUUGUGCUCACUGGUCUUCGAAUUGCUGCCAUUAUUCCACAGAUGUUCAGGUUAAGGCUUGUCCUGGAGGAUACCAUGUCUAUAAAUUCAAUGGGACUCCAUAUUGCAAUUUGGCAUAUUGUACAGAUCCUGCAACGGCAGAAGUCAGUGGUCCAUGUUCAUGUGCAGCUAAUGAAGAAUGCAAAGUCAGUGGAGGCAUCUAUAAAUGUCUCUGCAAAAAUGGACCCAACAUCACUGAUUCUAAUUCGCUACAUCAUACAUUAACAUGUGGGAAAUCUGAAAUCAAAGUUUCAUAUCGAGCAUGUGAACUCAGGACCUUAAAUCUGGAUAUUGAAAAUGUUCAUCUGAUGGACAAAUCUUGUCUUGGUAUCCUGGAUGGUAACGUUAGUCUUUUGUCUCUAAAAACCCCAGUUAAAGAAGGAAAAAAUACAACCCAUGCUAUAUACAGUAACAACAUAUACAUGAAAGAAGCUGGGAUUAUAGAAAGACAAGAACUAGAAGUACAGUAUUCCUGUGUAUAUCCACUGGAUAUGGAAGUGUCUCUUCAGGCUUCCUUAAAGCCCAUGAUAAGCAAAUAUGUUAUCAAAAUUUCUGGAACUGGGGAGUUUACGAUAAUAAUGGCGGCCUUUAAAGAUGAGAGAUACUUAACACCAUAUGAAGGAACUGAGAUUCAAUUGUCAACAAGCUCAAGACUGUUUAUCGGAAUGUUCAUUGAAGAUGCAGACAAUUCCACAUAUAUUCUGGUGAUGAACAAUUGCUUUGCGACACCUUCAGACAAUCCUAAGGAUUCUUCAAAAUAUGACAUUAUACAAGACGGCUGCCCUAAUAAACAGGAUCAAACCAUUAAAAUUGAAGAAAAUGGUGUAUCUACCCAAGGAAAAUUUUCUAUACAAAUGUUUAAAUUUAAGGGGGAUUUUGCCCGUGUCUACCUGCACUGUGAAAUAAAGUUAUGCAACAAAGCAGGCGAAAAUUCAUGCAAACCUACUUGCUCUGGAGUGAGAUCCCGCAAUUCUCUUUCUAAGGCAGAAGAAGACAAUGUCAUUCGUUUUGGACCUAUUGUCCAUAAAGAUUCUGAUGGCUCCAGUGACCUUGUAUCCUUUGUUAAAAAAGCGGGAAGGACCAAACCUAGGGUUUUUAAAGAGGCUAGUCACAUGGGUAUAUUUCCUCCUGUAUUCCAUACAGUUUCCAUUAUUACCAUCCUCAAACCCAAUAAAGAUCGUACAAAGUAUGAAAGCUACAGACCUAUAUCACUCAUUAAUGUGGACAUCAAAAUCUUUCUUAGCAUUCCUGAUAUUUCUACUAUGUUCCAUGAUAUGUGUUCUAAUUUGUUGUGA